AAAGCGACAACCUGCAAUCUCUCAAUGUUGGAAAUCAGAAUCUUGGAAACAUUUAUUUAAAUCAUCAAUUCUCAUCCUCAUUCCUCAAUCCUCAAUCUUUAUAUCAUUCUGUAAUUUGAAGAUCCAUAAACACAUUACAUGAUCCAAAAUUAUCUCCACUUUUCUGUACUUUGUACCUUACCAUGAAAGAGAUGUUUGCUUCUUCAAUAUCAAUAAGAGUUACGAUACCUUCGCUGAUAUACAUACUUAAAUACUGGUUGUAAUGAAUUGUUAUUGCAGGUUCGGACAUAGCUCUUCCCAUUGGCACUCGUGCCAACGACUGUUUAUUCAUGUUGCACAGCGAUGUCGAACGCAAUAGGCGUGCCGCGAAUAUAUGGACUGCGCGGUUUAUACCUUUCGUACUCGCCGGCGUGGUUGGAUAUUCAACAUAUGUUAUAGUCGCCAUUCUUUGUGGUAAGAAGCAGAAAUUGCGAUCUAGACUCAUAUCACGGCUUGCUAACAUGUCGCUGUUCAGUGAAUUACCUUUUGGUCGAACAGAAAAAUACGAAAGCCGCAGUGCCUAUACUUGUUAUACAUUUUUUGUUGUUCAUCCUCAUGGGCUGGUCUUUUUUUCGAGUGGCGUAUAUGACGACUUUCGAUCCUCCCUAUGCACCACUGGGACUUGGCGCUGCAAGAGUUCAGUCUCGAAAGAAACGAAAAGAUGAUGAUAUUGGUGGAGAAGAAUACACUUCAGGGAAUCUUCAUGCCUCCAAAGAUGACCCAGAUUCUCCUGGUCUCGAAUUAUUUUACACAAAAGAUGUCUUUUGCGCGGAAAGAGAUGGAAAACCUAGAUGGUGUUCUGAGUGUUGCAUAUGGAAAUUGGAUCGCCAGCAUCACUGUAGUGUGGUGGGAAGAUGUAUAUACAAAAUGGAUCAUUACUGCCCGUGGUAUGUCCACUGCCGUUCCUCGCAUUCUUGUGGCUAACAAAGUUUAGGGUAGGAGGUCCUAUUGGCGAGAAUAAUUUCAAGUUUUUCAUCCAAUUUGUUGGAUACGCUGCGUUGUUUUGUAUAAAUACCCUUGUGGUGAUGGCAAUAUACAUUAAUCAGCAGCGUGGCACUCAGGUAUGACUGAUUUCCACACAUUCUUUUGUCAACACUGUUCGAAGACCCUUGAUAGAAUUGACGAUUUUUUUCCUCACUAUUCUCUUCGGCGGCGGUAGAGAUAAAAAAUGGGAUUUCGCUAACAUAGACUGAUUUUGUCAUCAGGGCAUUCCUGUCAACCAUCAGUUCAUUGCCGUUCUCGCAUUGUAAGCCAAUAGUCAUCUUGACGAAAUUGUUGCUGACCAUAAGUAUACAGAGCUGCCUUCUUUGGCUUAUUCACUGGGACGAUGUUCAGUACAUCCGCGAGACUGGCUGUUGACAACUUGACACAAGUCGAAGACAUCAGUAGAUUCGGAAAGAUCCAUAGACUAGCAAUACUAAAGCCCUCGCCUCAAAGAUUGGCUGAAAUCAGUGUGACGGCCGCCACGACACAAACAUAUUCCGAGAUCUCGUAUCCCUUGGAUAUUCCACCUCCCUUGGACGGCACUCAGAUAAAUCGGCCGUACGUGAAGACUAUCAGGCACGACCGGUUAUCCGAACCAAUUACAUCCCAGGACGCAAGACGAAUGGCCGGCCUUACAGAAAUCCCUAUCAGUGCAGCAAUAGAUUCAGCGCAUGAGAAUUUCAAUGUCGGAGACUCGCGAUCAGAAUCAAUAGACAUCAUUAUUGAUAAUUCAUCAAGUACUUUUCCACCAUCGCAGAAUACCGAAACAUCGACGAUUGGCGAGCUCCAACCACACAUAGAAAAUUCUGGACAACUAAGUAGAGACCAAAAAGCUGUGCGCACCUUUGCAAUACUUGAAAUGUCUCCCGGAGAUAAUCCUUGGGAUCUUGGAUCUGCUCUAUUAAAUUGGAAGUCAGUCAUGGGAGAACAUUUUAUUGACUGGUUUCUCCCCAUAAAGAGAAGUCCUUGUUGUAACCACGAAAAUACAGAAAGUCAAUUCUCGAUUGGUCCGUCUGUGGAUCGCCUUCGAGCGUCAGUCUGUUUCAUUCCACCUAACGAGGUACGUCCCGAAAGACGUCGGCGGCGAAUUAAGCAGAAGCAACUUGGGAAAGGCCAAACCAAUCUGCCUGGGCGACCUUAUAGCCCGAAAUAUGAAGACGUUGGACGAAACACGGAUGAAACAGAACUACGAGACCUCCGCUCCCGUAAUCCUCGACAUAAAUAGCCUAGACUCAUAUACACUUGAUAAGCUUAAAGAAGGCACUGGCAUGAAGCGGAGAUGUGCUUUGAAACCAGCACUUGCAUUAUAUGGGAUCGGCGUUGGAUGGAUUUCCAUACCAGUAUAUAGAAUCACUACCUACAUGUAAUCAUUAAUGUAAUUUGAGGUUAAAAAAAGGUAUUCCAACACAGGGCGAUAUCGUCAAGCUUGUUGAGUCUCGAGAGUAU